AUGUCCGACGAGUCCAAAGUCCUCCCUACCGUCCACGCCGACUCCGACGGUUCGUCAUCCAUCACAAAAUCCGCGCUCAACACUGUGCGCACCGCGGUGUCCGUUCCGGAGAGCGAGCUCAAGCGAUGGAGGCGCACGUUUGACAGUAACGCAAAGGUCGUUAAUGGCGAGAAGUUCUUGGAUCCAGAAAGCUUCGUCAAUGCUAUCGCUCCCAAAGCCGACCUCAGCAAGAAGAUCGGGCGAGAGCAGUUCGCCAUCCUCUUUCGUAUCGCCGACACCUCCCGACGCGGGUUGGUCUCAUGGGACGACUUCACUGUGUUCGAAACACUCCUCAAGCGGCCUGAUGCGGACUACUGGAUGGCUUUCCAGUAUUUCGACGUUGACCACUCAGGAUAUAUAGACUACAACGAAUUCAAGACUGUCUUUUCUGCCAACCUUGGACCAGACGCGAUACCUUUCGACUUUGACUGCGACUGGAUCAAACUAUACCUUGGGAAGAAGAAUGGGACACACGUGUUGGGCUAUAACGAAUUCACGCAACUCAUGAAGGGCUUGCAGGGCGAGCGGUUGCGCCAGGCUUUCAAAUACUUAGACAAGGACCAAGACGGAUUCAUUAGACCUGAAGAAUUCAAAAGAAUCAUAUUAGAAAUUGCUGGACAUAAACUAUCAGAUACCGUUAUUGACCGACUACCUACCCUUUGUACCUUAACUCCUGGCCAACGUAUAUCUUAUUCGGAAGUUAUUGCGUUCCAUAAUGUCAUCAGAGAAAUGGAUAUGGUCGAAAGAAUAAUUCGCGAGGCAACAGCGAAGAGCAAAGACGGCCGGAUAGACCAGACCGAUUUCCUCAACCAUGCAGCCUCGAGCUCUCGCUAUUCCCUCUUCACGCCGAUGGAGGCGUCUAUCAUCUUUCACUUCGCCGGACGCGGAAUUGGCACCCAACGCCUGGCCCUCCUCGAUUUUGGUCAACUCCUCGACCCACGGUGGAAGCCACCUCAUGAGCACGUCGUCGAGCAGAAGCCUACCUCACCAGUGUCUCUCCUCCACGACAUUUUGCAUUCAGCAUACAACUUUGGCUUGGGCGGUAUCGCUGGGGCUGUUGGAGCCACCAUUGUGUAUCCUAUCGAUAUGGCACCGGAGAAGGCCAUCAAGCUGACAGUCAAUGACCUCGUGCGGUCGCGCGCGAUGGAUCCCGAAACAGGUCGGAUAAAGGUGUUCUGGGAGCUUGUUGCUGGUGGUACCGCCGGAGGUUCGCAAGUGAUCUUCACGAAUCCUUUGGAGAUCGUCAAGAUUCGCCUCCAGGUACAGGGCGAAGCAGCCAAGGUUGAGGGUGCGACACCGAAGGGUGCCAUCCACAUCAUCCGUCAGCUUGGUAUUCUGGGCCUGUACAAAGGCUCCUCUGCAUGCUUGCUUCGAGAUAUCCCUUUCUCCGCCAUCUACUUCACGGCAUAUUCGCACUUGAAGUCGGACGUCUUCCAAGAAGGGUACAACGGCAAAAAGCUUUCGUUUCUGGAGACUUUGGCGGCGGCGGGCAUCGCUGGCAUGCCGGCAGCCUACUUGACCACUCCUGCAGAUGUUGUGAAGACGCGAUUGCAGGUUGAGGCGCGGAAAGGGCAGACGCACUACUCCGGUCUUCGUGACGCCUUCGUGAAAAUAUAUCGUGAAGAGGGUUUCCGAGCGCUCUUCAAAGGCGGCCCCGCCCGCGUUAUACGUAGCAGCCCCCAGUUCGGAUUCACUCUCCUUGCGUAUGAAACGUUGAAGGAUGUGUUACCUUAUCCCUGGCAAGAUAAGCCUAUCAAGGUGGAGACUGCUCUCACCUCCCGGCCGGACGACCUUGCUAAAAUCAGGGCCAGAAAUGCUCUCAAGAUCCUUCUGGACGUGCACGGCGAUUUUGGAGCACGAGCGGCAGCCUUUUCGGGGAAGCCACUGUCACUGUCCAAUCCAAGGCUGUCCUCGUCAUGA